AUGGAGAAGAAGUAUGUGUGCAAGUUCUGUAACAAGAUGUUCCCUUCUGGCAAAUCACUCGGUGGUCACAUCAGGAUUCAUACCAACGAGUUCAGUGUCGUCAAGACUCCUAAGAAGACGAACAACAAGAGGAGUUUGGUGGAUCAACAACAACUACUUUGUUGCAGAGAGUGUGGUAAAGGUUUUGUUUCUUCAAAGGCUCUUUGUGGUCACAUGGCUUCUCACUCUCAGAGAUAUAAGAUUGUUAUGGUUAUUGAUACUCAAUCUGAUACUGAGGCUAGCAGGAAAAGAUCCAAGAAGCAAUCUUUUAGCUCGUCUCCUUCUUCUUCUGCUUCUGAGAUUGAUCAAGAACAUAGGAACACAGCCUUGUCUCUGAUGAAGAUGUCUAUAGAUUCUAAAGGACACAACUUGGUGGUGAACUCUCUUGUGGCUGAGUCAUCUGAGAACAACUCUGAGAUUCUUGAGACAAAAGCAUCUUCAGAGGAGCAGCUUAAGUUCAUCUUCAGUGUGAAGAAGAAUCAUGAUUUAAAGACUGACAAAGUUGCAGUUGAUGACCACUUGAGAACUCUUGCUGAUGAUGAUGAUUCAUAUAGCUCUGAUUCUGAUUACUUCAUGAAUGGUCCAAAGAAGUCAAACUCAGAUAUCUCUGUUGAUAGGUCUCUUAGGAAUGGUGAUGAGCUUGGGGUCAAGGAAGGAGGAUCAAAGUAUGAGCUGCACAAAAGCAAAAGCGUCUUGCCUUGUUAUGAAAAUGAUUCUUGUGCAGACACAGACAGGAAGAUUCAUAGGUCCAGUGAUUGCAAAUCUCCAUUGGUUAAGAAAGCAAGUAGUGGUGCUAACAAAAACAGCAAUGGUCACAAGUGUCCAAAAUGCUUCAAGGUGUUCAAAUCAGGCCAGGCUUUAGGUGGUCACAAGAGAUCACAUUUCUUUGAGAAUCAAGAACAGAGGAUCAAACACAAAGCAGCAGCAGCUGAUGUGCUGCUAAUCGAUCUCAACCUUCCUGCUCAGUAUGCUGAUGAAUGAAUCAAAUGUUUCUUGAUUUUGUUCAUAUAAAGAUUUAUCACUUAGCCAAUUCUUUUCUUUAUGACUUCUGAGUUGA